AUGGUUGCGUUCACCUUGUGCAAGCCGCCGAUGGUCACGAAGGCCCACCAGCUGCUGGCGACUGCCGCGGUGUUUGGUGUUCUUUACGCUGUGGCCCACAUCGUGACUUUUGCGGUGACGACUGCCGGGCCUGGUUGGGACAGCACGUCGCUGUCCCUCGACCUCACGGGGUGGAUCGCGGGCACGUGCUUUGCCGUCCUGUGCUGGAAGUCCUCGAACCUGAGCAGUACAAGCAAUAAGAGGAGCAACCAGUGGAUCUGCGUCUGGUCCAUCCUCACCUUCGGCGUCCGAAUUCUGGACACGCUCAUGCUUUUCGGCGCGGUGAAGCUGUCCGCCGUGUACAAGACGCCUCAAGGCGCCGUCUUGUGGACCAACGUGGUCAGCGACGCAAUCUUUGGAAACUUGUUCGUGUGGUGCGCGCUCGCGGCUUCCAUCAUGAUCCUCGCAUGCCCGGAGGAUCUCAGCGUGGAAGAGCCAUGCCUGGAGGAUGGCGCUGGCAUCUUUGUGGUACUGCAUGAUGGGCAACAGCGAAGCUUGAGCAAGUAUGGUGCUGCAAAAUGCGGGAAUGCGUCAGAGGUAGCAGGCGUCACAGGAAUACGCGUGACGGCCCACGCAAAGACGGACUCAGGGUCUCAAGGCCAAGUUCAACCUGGAUCUUCUGCAGAUUCACUUCCCAGCCUCCGAGGUGAAGCUUCUCUCUUGCAGUCACGAUGCCCUUCAAGCUUGACUCGCGACACCAUCUUCUCCCAGCUCUCAAGUACUGGACAACUACGGUUCUGUGCAAGUUCGCAUCUGCGAAGGCCGCUUCUGCAAAGGGCAGCUUUAGACCUUCUUCCUUUUUCUUAG